CUUUGCUUUUUCUUUCCUCCGUCUCUUAUUUCUUCUUUCUGCUUCUCUCUUCUUCUCGCUUGUUCUCUCUGGCGAACGCGGUUCCCAUUGAGCUGCGAGGCUCGGCUUCAAUGCGUUUGUUUUGGAGAAACAGUGUUCCUGAUAAAAUUUCAACUCGUGGUUGAUUCAUAGAAGCGUAGUUUUCAAAGCGCGAGUGUCGCCUUCUUUGAACACUCGGAAGGCUGCUCUCGAACUCAAGAACCUCUCCCGAAGUUUAUACCUGCGUGCCAUUCGCCUGACGAGAUCCCUCUUGGCAAGCCGCAGAUUUCGUCUCAAACCUCACGCCAAACAUCAGGCAUCUCCCUCGUCGAUUCCAGCUAGAUAGACCCAUAGAAAGUCUCUCUGCAUAUAUAUAUAUGUAUAUGUAUCGAGUGUGUGGUAGUGCCUGAGCUCCGGAGAAGGCGAGAGAAGCGAAGCAGUGGGGGUAAAAGAUUUGAAAAGCAGUUUUUCGCUAGUUUGUUACUUUUCGGUGUUAGAAUGGGCGCAAAGAAGCUUCGAGCGUCUUCUCUGGAAGAUGCUCGGGCUGUGCCUCUGCAGCAACUGAAGCUGCUGGAAGCACAGUUUCGGCGAGAGGAGCAGAGCGCAGGGAGAGCUCAGACGGCUGGUGUCUCUGCCCGUUGCUCUUCAGAUGCCCCCCCAGAGUCCUCGUCUGCUUCUUUCCGUGACACGACCCCGUCGGCCUCCUCUUCUUCUUCUCGCCCGUUACGCGCAGGUCCGAAAGCGAAGGGCGUGAAGAAGGUGGUGAAGAAGAGCAACAAAAAAUCUCCUUUGGAGGUGUCUUCUCGUCGUCCGCAGCGUACUUUGUGUCAGCCUGUGGGGCUUCCUUCAACUCCGCAGGACGCGCCCCCGCAGUACCCUCUGUCCGCGACUGUGCCGAGCUCCUCUUCUCGCGAAGCAGCGAUGCACAUGCACAUGAAGCGGCUGCGACACCUGGCUAUCCAGGGAAAGAAGAGCUGCGGCGAGGGACGAAAGGCGCGAGACCCGCGUUUCAGCGAGGCAUGCGGCCCUCUGAAUCUGCGGAUGGUCAGUCAGGCGUACGCGUUCCUCGACGACAUGCGCAAGGCGGAGACAGAUACGCUUAAGGCCGCGGUGGCGACGGGACGGAGCGUGGAGAAGAACAGGCCGAAGCUGAGUGCGGCAGAGCGCGAGGCGGCGAAGCGCGAGCUUCAGAAGAGACAGAGUCAGGACGAGGCUCGCCUUCGACGCAGAGUCGAGAUGGACAUUCGUCAGAGCGUCACCAAGGCUGAACGCACCAAAAUCGCGCAAACAGCCAAGAAACCCUUCUUCCUUGGCCGCAGAGAGCUGCGGAAACUCGUUAGCGAAGAAAUGCAUGCGCGGCGCGCCGGCGGCGCCAAGCGCAGAGCGAAAGUCGAAGAAAGGAGACACAAAAAGAAACUUGGAGCAGAGCGAAAGAGGGACCUCGUUCCUGUUCGCAGACAUGCAGAGGCUGACUAGUCUCUCGAGGUGCGUCUCGCGAGCGCUCGACUCGUCCGUGUCUCGUGAGCUUCUCUCCUUUUGCUGGGCGUCUCAAUUCUCUUGCUCUGGGACCUUUGUUUGCCGCUUCUCGACAGAGAACGCCUGUUGCUGCUCAUAUCCAUACGCGCUACCAAGGUUUUCGUGCUUUUUCGACGUGACAUGCGAGGCCGCCUCACUACGUGGCGUCACAUUUCUUCAUCCUUAUCUCACGGAAGCUUCGGUACAUCAAUAUCUUUGAGUUUAUCUGUAUACAUAUAUGCAUAAACACAUGAAUCUAUUUUAUUUCUCCUGAUUUCUUCGGCUCAUCCACCAGUUUGGAGACGCCUUGUCAACGAAGACCAGGGAAACUUGUGGACGAGACGGCAGAUUGCGAUUUUGCUCUCGUUGCUUCCCCACCCCGUUUUCGCUUCCUGUGGGCGAAAUCGCGUUGUUGGCGCCGGUGUACAUACACCUGCCUGCAGCGCUGAGUAUUCGUUGGCACGAAAUGAGAAAAGUACCCAGUUAGCGAGGACCAAAGUAAUAAAGCAACCCGACCAUUCGCGUAUUCUCUCAAGGCCUCACUUGCGUAUGUAUGUGCGUCAACAGUGAGUGCAUGUUACCGUUUAUGUGAAAAGACGUACGUGGAGAAGUUCGUGUUUUUCAUCUUCUUUCGCAUCACUUGAGAGGCGGAUGUGCCUCGCUAGAUGCGAGCAAGCCGCGCUUGCAUGCGUUCCUUGCAGAGGGCAAGCGCCCGACUGAACGUAGGUCACUGCCAACAACAGAAGAGGCCCAAGCUAAGUUGCAG